GGUUGAUGCCGCUUAUAUUUCUUUACAAAAAUGUGUCUCUCUCUUCAUUGCCUCAGAUUUAAAACUUCCGGCUUAAGCCACUCUCUCUCACACUUUCCUAAAUUUUCUCAUUAAUCUCUUAAAUUUUAAUCUAAUUGAUUAUUAAACCCGGUUUAAUAUUAAUUUCACCCACUUUCCAAAUUCAGGCGUUUUAAUCAGCUAUGGGCAAGUGAAGCACAGUAAUUCUACAAUUGAUUGGUUGAUGAUCGGGAGGAGAACUACCGAAGGAAAAGGGAAGUUCGUCUGAUUGUUUUGCUGUUAAUAUUUUUCAUUUUUCAAGCGGAGAGGUUAUAGUGCUGCUCGGGGGGUUUGGUAUUUUCUGUGUGCAUAUACUGUAGAGGGAUUGUCUAGUUGGAGACUUAUAUAUUCUUGUUAAAUUUUUUGUUUUGACUAUAUUAGUGUGAAUUACCUCUUUAUCAGUAGAAAAAGGAAGGAAAAAAAAAAAAAGAAUAAAGAAGAAAGAAGGAUCUCAGUGUAAGUAGGGGAGCAGGAAGGUCAAUUUUGCUAUUUUGUGUAGUUGGAGAAGUACUUAUAUUCUUUUUUGGAUAUUUGUUUUGUCUAUAUUAGUGUGAGAUACCUUAUUUAUCAGUAGAAAAAAAAGAGAGGAGAAAGAAGGAUCUUUGUGUAAGUGGAGGAGCAGGAAGGCCAGGUGGUAGUUGUUGGUGUGAAAAAUCUGUAGUUGGUGUUUUAGUUUAGUCCAGUGAACAAGUAAAUGGCAUCUAGUUAGUAUUGUUUAUUGAGGCCUUGAACUGCGGAGAUACUGGUUAUAUGCAGUUAAAUUCAUCCAAAGAUUUAGCUGAAACUAUGAUCACUGGGGUGCCUGGUCCUUCUGGUCAAUGGAUCCAGCAAGAAUCAUCUCAGCCUGUUAUCUUGAGUGAUGGCAUAUCUUUACACAAUAAUGUAAAUAACCAUAUACCUGUACAGACUGGUGAGGUAUAUUCUAUGGAAUUUCUUCAAGAUCCUUCUUCAAGAGUAGUUCCUAUUGUGUCCGGCGUUACUGGGAUGCAUGAUAGGAGAGCUGUGCCUCAAAGUAAGCAAAGCCAACAUGCCGGUUAUGAAGAGCUCACAAGACUUCUUGGGUUGACUAGAAUGGAUUCUGACAUUUCUUCUACAAGAGGGUCUAGUACAGAACUUGAAAAUGGUAUUUAUGUAGAGAAUGAACUUACAUAUAGUCAGAAAGUUGGCUCUUCUGGGCAUGUCCCUGUGGGAGCUACUUCAGGGACUAAAUCUGAAUCUUCAAAGUCAUUAAAAUCUUCUGGAUUAGGAACGUCAGACUGUUCUACUGGGAAAAUAAAAUUCCUAUGCAGUUUUGGUGGUAGAAUAUUGCCUCGACCUAGUGAUGGAAAGCUCAGAUACGUUGGUGGAGAUACACGUAUCAUUUCCAUACGGAAGAAUAUUUCAUGGGAAGAACUUAUGAAGAAAACAUUGGCCAUCUGUAACCAGCCUCACACUUUCAAAUACCAGCUUCCAGGAGAGGAUCUUGACGCCCUAAUAUCCGUCUCUUCUGACGAAGAUCUUCAGAAUAUGAUAGAGGAAUAUUAUGGCCUCGAGAAGCUUGGGGGCUCCCAAAGGCUCCGGAUAUUUUUGGUUCCUUUAACUGAAUCUGAAAACUCAUGCCCUGUAGAUGCUGCUACUGUUCAACCGACUGACCCUGAUUAUCAAUAUGUUGUUGCUGUUAAUGGUAUUGUUCAAGGGGAUUCUUCUGCUCAGGAGAAUUAUUAUGAGCAGUGUGUACGCGAUGAAGCCAGCAAGGUGAUACCUAAGGUAGACUGCAGCACUGGUCUUUAUGUCCCACCUCCUGCUCAAUUGAUUGGUGAAUCUCAGAAUCAGGUUAAGUUUCCCAAUCAGUCUACUCCUUUUUCUCCUGUGCUUGUUCAACAGGGAGACUACAAGACCGACUCAAGGAACACAUACAAUAACAAGUUGCCACAUGGUGGUGAUGAAUGUCCAGUGUCGGUUAGCAGCACCCAAUCAGUACCUGAAAACCCGAGUGGAUGCACUAAUAUUGGUUAUUAUGCCCCGCAGAUAAACCUGAUAAAUUUGCAGAGUCCUAACAAAAAAGAUGAUAUCCCCCAGCCAAGCCAAUCGAGUGAAUUGCUUUCACAUCACCAUGGUCUCAGCAGAGACUUUGUUCCUCCUACAUUGGAACAAUGUGAUGGAAUCUUUCAACAGUACUCUUUUGAAAGAACAGAACCCAAGGAAGGGACAGUCCUAUCUGAAGAGCCGAAUGAUGAAAUGGCUGUAUUGCUGGGAUACACUUCCGCUGUUGCUCAAAAUGGAAUUCCGCAUGCCUUUUCGGAUUCAAAACUUCAAGAACAUGGAAAAAGAUCACCUUACUGCUCACAAGAGGGAAUAAUCUCAUUUUCCUCUUUGAACUUUUUACCAGCUCAGUUAUCUUCACAUGGUGUGUCUGCUGCUCUGCAGGGAAACCUAGGGUAUCUGCAUCAGAAUACAUACCCAGUCAGUUCUCAUCAUCACAUUAGGGUACUUAAUGGGGAAUCAAAUGAGGCCGCUGACAUGGUGGAUUUGCCAGAGUUGCCUUUUGACUCAGAUUCACUGAAUAAAUGUGGACCUAUGCAAAGAAAUAUUAAUGGAACAGACACUAGAUGCAACACAGCUAAAGCAAAUUUGGAAAAUUACCAUCCCGGUCUGAAAAAUUCAAGUUGUGAGAUGGUAAGUGCAUGUGCUAUCAAUAAUGCACUUCCAUGUCGUGGUGGUAAAUUUCCUGAUAACAAAUCAUCCAAAACAGCUGUGAGUUCAGAGAAAAAACUAUCUGAUGCUAACUCCGCUAUGGUGUCUAAUAUGGAGGUGAUAUACCUGGUGAAGCAUCACAAAAUUUUGACAUGAAUCAUUGCACCAACACCUUUAAUUAAUACACUAAAUGAGCGGUCCCAAAGAAACCAAUUUGAGAAUGCCUCAGGGGGGAUAAAACAGGCUGAACCUGAGAACAAUACAUCCUGGGUCAAGAGUUCUGAAGUUGCUGGGAGGAUUUCAACUUCUGAAAUGCAGUUUCAUGGUGCAGAAACUCUGAGUGAUCUUCUGCCUGAGUUGUCUGAUGGCCUGAUUUCCCAUCAUUCCCCCAUGCCAGCAGUCGUUGCAUGUCCUCAAGAUACUUUUGCCAAAGAACCUUUGCUAGUAUUCUCUGAGGAAUUGUCACAAUCAUCAGUUAGGCAAAACCCAACCAAGGAUGCUGCUUUUAGGAGAGAAGUUUCUCUAAUUGAUGAAGAAUUUACUAAUUACAGUGAUCAGAAUGUUGUGACUUCUGGCAUUGGUGAAUUUUCUAGUGAAAAGCAAAAGAUAGAAGAUGCUCCAGCUAGUAAGAGUAUCAAAGAUAGCCAGCAGGUUCUGAAUGCAAAUGGAAGAGAUAUUAGAUCACCCAGUGGUGACUUAUAUGCUGCAAAUCUCCGAGAUUUGGAAACCAUUGGUGGUGAAGUCAUAUCUGCUAGUGCUACAGAAGAGGUACCAUUUUCCCCUGACUUGGGGUUGGAGGCGCAGGACGCCAACCCCAGUGACGGAGAUAAGGAUAAUUUAAUCACUGAUGCUAUGAUAGCUGAGCUGGAAGCUGAUUUGUAUGGUUUACAGAUCAUAAAAAAUGCUGACCUUGAAGAAUUGAAGGAGUUGGGUGCUGGGACAUAUGGUACUGUUUACCAUGGAAAAUGGAGAGGAACAGAUGUUGCUAUAAAGAGAAUCAAGCGGGCAUGUUUUUCUGGGAGAUCAUCACAGGAAGAAAGGCUGAUCAAGGACUUCUGGAGAGAGGCACAGAUCCUCUCAAACCUUCAUCAUCCUAACGUGCUUGCAUUUUAUGGAGUGGUUCCUGAUGGGGCUGGGGGAACUUUGGCAACAGUGACUGAAUUCAUGACUAAUGGAUCACUUCGAAACGUUCUUAUUAAAAAGGACAGGUCACUUGAUGGUUAUAAGAAACUUCUAAUUGCCAUGGAUGCAGCUUUUGGGAUGGAGUAUUUGCACUCGAAAAACAUUGUCCACUUUGAUCUGAAGUGUGACAAUUUGUUAGUUAGUCUGAGGGACCCACAACGACCUGUAUGCAAGGUUGGAGAUUUUGGACUGUCAAGGAUUAAACGCAAUACUCUUGUAUCUGGAGGUGUACGAGGUACUCUUCCCUGGAUGGCACCUGAACUGUUAAAUGGUAGCAGUAACCGAGUAUCUGAGAAGGUUGAUGUUUUCUCAUUUGGCAUAACAAUGUGGGAGAUCUUGACUGGGGAAGAACCCUAUGCAAACAUGCAUUGUGGGGCAAUCAUUGGGGGGAUUUUGAAGAAUACUCUUCGGCCUCCAAUGCCAGAGCGGUGUGAUCCCGAGUGGAGGAAGCUGAUGGAACAGUGCUGGUCUGCUGAUCCUGAAGCUCGGCCAUCAUUCACGGAGAUUAGAAAUAGGUUGAGUUCUAUGUCAGCUGCAGUCCAGGCAAAGGGGAAUAGCAAUUCAGCAGGACAUGUCAAUGCAAACAUCCCCGUGUGUAUAUAGACGUGUACUCAAGGAAAAGAGUGUAUCUUUUUGUUACUUUGCUACAGACUUGGAAUCUUCUAUAUGAGUCGCUCGUUCAUUUAA